GUGGGGACAUGGCCUGAGAUCUUCUCCUCGGGUGGGGCAAACUGAACAGGAGGGCCUUGGUGUUCAGGCAAGAACCCACCCUGCCAAGCUGUCCCUGAGGGGCAAUGCCACGGAGGGGACUGAGUCCCUCGGCCACUGCUUGCUUGCAGGAGACCCUCAGCAGUUAGCGAGCGAGUCCCACCCGCCAGGUGCUGGGACUUAUCCCACCCACACCCCAAAUCCACUGUCCCCCCUUUACUGCAGGCAGGACUGAGGCUGGGGUGGGGCUGGGCUGCCCGUGGGCCCUGGGCCACUAUGCCAGCGCCUUGGAGACAGGGAAUGGCCUUGAAGCGGGCACAGACCAUGACUCAGCAGAUGCCCAGAGGCAUCCAGGGGGCUGGGGGUGCACUUGUCACGGCUUAGCUCCCGGAGCUUGUGCACUGAAGGAGCACGGCUGGUUCAUACUCACCAGCCAGCUGGUCAGAAUGGGCCUGUCCCGCUGGGCAGCUCAUGUGACCAUGGCUGGUGCCAGAUGUCACCUCUAUCCUGGUCUCCAAAGAGGGCAGAUGAAGCAGAACAGGGACAGCAGACCGUGGUUUUCUGUUGGCACCAAAAUCGCUUGAGCUCUGAGCACUGCCCCCAGAGGACGGGUGCCCAGAUAGGCCUGCAUAGGCUGUGAGAAGAGGUGGUGCUGGGAGCAGGAAGGUACACAGAGAGGACGGCCCUACUUUGGGGGCCAGGUGGGGGUCCCCUGCAAUUCGAGGCUUGGGCCCCACAGGGAGGGUGGGAGCUGUGGCACGGCAGCAGGGAGGUGCCCGCCCUACCUGGUUGCAGGGCCGUGGUCUGCACACCCCGGGGCUGGCCUGCCAGGGUGGAGACAGCACCAGAUGGAUGAAAAGUGCGAUGUGUUUGGACAGAGGAAACAGAGAGGCCCUGCUCUUCCUCUCAGCUCUGAAAGGAUGAGGUGGAGCCAGGCAUAAGGUGUCCUCCAGCUAGUGCAAGGGCCCUGCAGCAGGGAGAGCCCGCGAGUGGCUUAAUGAGAUUUAAGCUCGUUUGAUACACCACAUCUGAAGUUUUAUGAGCAGGAGACUUUUCAGACGUGUUUUCACGGGACCCCCGGAUCCUCUCCACGGGAACAGCUUGUACCAGAAGGUGCGGGCAGCCGCCCAGGACUUGGGGGCUGCCUUGUUCUCGGACGCCUUGUCACCUCUGCCUCCUUCCCAGCCACCCAGGGCCCUGCCUCCAGCAGGCAUGGGCUCCCAGUCCAGGCCCCAGAGCUCCCUACAGGGCUUCGGCUACAGCAAGGAACGGGGCCACACAGGCUCUGCAGGCGAAGCCUUCCUGUCCACCAUCCAGAAGGCCGCAGAGGUGGUGGCCAGCACCAUGCGCCCUGGGCCUGAGAGCCCCAGCUCCCAGAGGUCCCUUCUGCGAGGUGACGCCUACCAGCCGGCUGUGACACCUUCAGCCGGCCUCGGCCCUCCAACCCCUGGGAACCCUCUCCCCACAGCCGGCCCAGGUGCCCGAGCCAUGAGACACCAGCCUGGGCAGGCCGGAGGCGGCUGGGAGGAGCUGGACAGCAGCCCAAACUCUCAGGAUUCUUCCCAGGAAAAUGAUGACCUGGGCAAGGCCUCGGACUCAGGUAGUCCGUCGGGCAGUGACAGCCCCUCAGGGGCCAGCCGGGCACCCAGCGACCUGGCAGAAAGGGUCGAGGCCGUGAUCCUGAGUGACUGCCAGCAGGAGCUGAGCCUGGUCCGGGCCGUGACACGGGGGCCACAUUGCUUCCUGAGCCGAGAGGAGGUGCAGCACUUCGUCAAAGAGUGUGGACUCCUCAACUGUGAGGCCGUGCUGGAGCUGCUCAUCCGCCACCUGGGCGCAACCAGCGAGCGUGUGCAGAUGAGAGCCCUGGGUGCCAUCGCCUCCCUCGGGUGCACCGACCUGCUCUCCCAGGAGCGAGUCCUGCUCCUUGCCCGGCCUCGGCUGCAGGAGCUCAGUGUGGGCAGCCCUGGACCCGUGACCAACAAGGCCACCAAGAUCCUGAGACACUUUGAAGCCUCCUGCCGACAGUGGCCCCCUGCCCGGAGGCCCCCAGCCGAGCCUGGCCCUGCAGUCGCCCGUGUGGGCCCAUCAGACCUGCUGACCGACACCCUGCCUUUCACGGGGGGCCAGGGUUUCCUGCAGCCUCUGAGUUCAGCUCUGUUUUCGCCCAAGGGCACCGCUCCCCCAUCGGGGCUGCAGCCCGGCCCUGUGCCCCCGACUUCCCUGGAGGGCUGCCCCCUUCCAGCCCGUGCGGAUGCCAGGGAGGCCAAGACCAGACUGGCAGGUUCCAGAGAGCAGGGGGCUGGAUCCGAGCGGGGCCCGUUUGGCACAGACACUGCAAAGAGAGGGCCAGAGCUUGACCCGGGCCCCGGGGAUAGCUGUGACUCCUUGUUCGCUGGCAUGAAACUGGUGGCCUGUCCCCGCCUGGUGGGGGCCGGGACUGCUGCAGAAGAACCCCUCCCAGCCUGCCAGGCUCCCUGGACGUCGUCACAGAGGGUGGCAGCAAAGGAGCCUUCUGGCUCUGAGCCAUCAGCUUUCGCAUUCUUAAACUCAUGAUCUUGUCAGCCUGGGCCACUUGCAGAGUCUGUGUCCCCCAGCCCCUCACUCCUAGGACUCUGUGACUUUGUGCUGUCCCCAUGUGCCCACAGCCUCUGUGUCCCACCAAAGAGUGGCUCCCCUCAGGUGUCUGCAGUCGGCCUCGCCCUCCUCUGGCCUCCUCCCCUCACCCACUGAGGCCUUGGUGAGGGUAGCCACCCAGCCAGGUAAGCUCAGAGUGGACAGCCCACCCAGUGACGAGAAUAGCCACCAGUAAAACACAGAUAAUAUUUCAGGAGUCCACGAACCAGCAAGAGCCAGGCCGGCACUGCUGGAAGGGUCAUCCUUGCCCGUGGGGGCUACUCCCCAACCUUGUCCCUGAGGUGGGUUCCCCAUUUUUCUGCUGGGGGGCAGGACCCCCCCCCAGCCCACCCCGUGGGUGUGAUGGCCGAGGAGCAGCCCCCCAAGCAGCCCGCAGGACACACAGGGAGGGCGGGACGGGCACAGAAUGAGGAGCCGAGUGCUUGCUGAGACUGGCAGCCGGCGGGCCCUGGGCUGCCGGGUCCCCCACCUCACAGCCAUCUGGUCUGGCCGGAUGAGCACACCACCCGCUUUUCCCAGUUGCCAAAGGGAUCCUAAGGGAGGACAGUGGGGUGGGUGUAUGGCGUGGCCUGCCUGGAGGGUGUGGACGGGAAGGCCUGCUGACCGAGCUCAGAGACCAGACGCCCCUUGGAACUGUCCUCAGUCCCCAGGGUCCUCACGGGCACACAGAGAGGGGCACCAGGGGGAGACAGACAGGUCCUGUCUGCAGGCUGAGCCCAGGCCCGGCCCCCAGCCAAGCUUCUGCUGUUUCCAGACGACAGGCCUGAGAGGAGGACUGCAGGGCCACCUCAGUCAUUCCCCCCUGCCCCCACUGUCUCCUUGGCCAGAGACUGGCCAUUUGGACUUGAAUUCCUAUAGCAGCAGGCAGGCACAGGGCCUCACAAAUGCUGACCUCGGGGUCCCCUGGGGAAACCCCUGCCUGCCUGGCCCUCAGAAACAAGGAUUUUUGGGUGGAUUUGGAAUCACUGCUUGGGUCUUUGAGGUCAGAUCCCUCUCUCAGCGGGGGUAGCGGGGGUGUCCUAAGCAGCGUCACACCUUCUCGUCCAGCAGGAUGGGGUCCUUUCCAGCACUGGGUCCCUGUGUGACCCAUGUCAGCUCCCCCCUGCCGUGACCACUGCCUGCAGACUGUACGGCCACCUCAGAGCAAUGGCUGUGGUCCUUCUUGGAAGAACUGGGGUUGACCUGGGGUCACACCUCCUACAUAAACACUGCUGUUCACACAAAGCUGCACUGUUUGCUUUUUUUUUUAAUUUUCCAUCUUUGUGUGUCUGUGUGUGUGUGUGUGUGUGUGUGUGUGUGUGAAAAUGGCCCUAAGGGGCACGCAGAGAGACUUCUAAAAGCAGGGACAGGUAUUUCUUCCUUAAAUGUUUGGUAAGACUCCCUAGUGGAACUAUCUUGUCCUGUAAUUUUCUAAAUUGCAAGGUUUUUAACUAUGAAGUUCAAUUUCUUAAGUAGAUUUAGGAUGAUUUGGGUUAUCUAUUUCUUCAUAGGCGAGCUUAAGUAAUUUUUUUUUUUAAUUUAUUUUUGGCUGCAUUGGUCUUCGUUGCUGCAUGCGGGCUUUCCCCAGUUGCAGUGGGCGGGGGCCACUCCUUGUUGCGGUGCGCGGGCCUGUCACUGCAGUGGCCUCUCGUGGAGCACCGGCUGUAGGCGUGCAGGCUUCAGUAGUUGUGGCUCAUGGGCUCUAGAGCACAGGCUCGGUAGUUGUGGCGCACGGGCUUAGCUGCUCCGUGGCAUAUGGGAUCCUCCUGGACCAGGGCUCAAACCUGUGUCCCCUGCAUUGGCAGGCGGAUUCUUAACCACUGCACCACCAGGGGAGCCCCAGCUAUAGAGUUUUUCUAGCCUACUUUUCAUUAUUCUUUCAAUUUCUAUAGAGUCCCACCUGUCAUUUCUGUUACUGAUCAUUUUUCGCCUUUCUUGGUUAGUCUGAUUAGAGGUUUAUUAAUAUUACUGACCUUUUCGAAGAACUAACUUGGUUUAAUUCUAUCUACUAGUUUUAUGUUUUAUAUUUCAUUGAUUUUUGCUCUUUAUUAUUUCAUUCAUUCUGGUUGUUUUUCUUUCUCUAGUUUUCUAAAGCUUAGAUUAUUGAUUUGAGAACUUUAUUCUUUUCUAAUACAAACGUUUUAAAAAUAUUUAUUUAUUUGGCUGCACCAGGUCUUAGUUGUGGCAUGUGGGAUCAUUUUCUUUUUUUUUUUAGUUGUGGCAUGCAGGAUCUUUAGUUGAGGCAUGUGGGAUAUUUAGUUGUGGCAUGCAGAAUCUUUGGUUGAGGCAUGUGGGCUCUUUUAGUUGCGGCAGGCAGGAUCUAGUUCCCUGACCAGGGAUCAAACUUGGGCCCCCUGCAUUGGGAGCAUGGAAUCCCACACGUUUUCCUCUAGACACUGCUUUAGCUGCAUCCCAUGAAUUUUGAAAUAUUUUAUUUUUAUUCAGUUCAAAAUAUUUUCUAAUUUUCCAUAAGACUUUCUUUUUGUCUGAUGGAUUAUUUUAAAGUGUGUUUUUUUUGUUAUUACUACUUUAACUCUGACGUAAGAGAACAUAUUUUGUGAGACUUCCAUUAUAUUGUUAAAGAUUUCAAACUUUUGUUAAAGUUUGUUUAGUGGCCCAGAAUAUAGUCUAUCUUGGUGAAUGUUCCAUGUACGCUUGGUCUAGAGAACUACAGACCAAUCUCCUUCAUCAACAUAGAUUAAAAAAAAAAUCCUCAACAAAAUAUUAGCAAAACAGGGCUUCCCUGGUAGCGCAGUGGUUAAGGAUCCGCCUGCCAAUGCAGGGGACAUGGGUUCGAGCCCUGGUCCGCAGAGCAGGAUCCCACAUGCCGUGGAGCAGUGAAGCCCGUGUGCCACAGCUACUGAGCCUACGCUCUAGAGCCUGCAAGCCACAACUACUGAAGCCUGCGCACCUAGAGCCUGUGCUCCGCAACAAGAGAAGCCACUGCAAUGAGAAGCCCGCGCACCACAACGAAGAGUAACCCCUGCUUUCUGCAACUAGAGAAAGCCCGCACGCAGCAACAAAGACCCAGCGCAGCCAAAAAAUAAAAAUAAAUAAAUUAAUUAAAAAAAAUUAGCGAAACAAAUCCAGCAAUAUACAAAAA